AUGCCAUACUUAGGCUCAGAGGAUACAGUGAAGGAGCUGAAGAGAGCACUGUCUAACCCUCAUGUGCAAACUGACCGUCUCCGCUACAGGAAUGUUAUCCAGCGAGUGAUCAGGUCUGUGGCCUGGACUGCUACUUGGGCAUUGUAGUUGGGGCUCCCAAAAUGCUGGGUGCUCAGAUGUGUAUGAACUGAGUAUCUUGUGACCCUAGUAAGGCUGUUGUUGUUGCCUUAUUGGUUAGUAGGUUCAUGCUGACAUACAAUAAAGCCAAUUAAAACAACCAAAUGCAGACUACUAAUUAAACGGAAAUGGAAAUGAAAGAAUUGGUAGUAUUAAGCAGUGUUUUAAAUUAUUCAAAUAAAUAAAAAAUGCAGCCCCGGCACAGAAAUUAACCUCACCCAUUGCUUGGAAAUGAAACAGAAACCUGAUCAGAGGGUGAAGACCUUGUACAAGGUAGCACAAUUGCCUUUCUCUGUUUGUCUUCUAGUUCCCUCUUCUUAUCACUCUGUCAAGGACUAAGUUAUAUUGUCCAUGCUCUAAAAAACAAAUAAAAAUUCUGCACGUAUGUGCCUCAAAGUUCAUAUGAAAUAUCACUGAACACAAUGAUGAUGAUGAUAAUUUAUUUAUUGAAUUUAUAUACUGCACUAUACUCAGAGGUCUCAGGGCGGUUCACAGAAUAAAAUCUAAAUAUAAAAUCACAAAAUACAUAAUCAAAAUAAAAACAACAACCCAGUAACCUCCCAAUAACCCCACAUUUUAAAAGGGCAUAGGAUGUCAAUCAAAUCAACCAAAGGCCUGGUUAAAAAGGAAUGUUUUUGCCUGGCACCUAAAAGUGUAUAACGAAGGCGGCAGGCAAACUUCCCUGGGGAGAGCAUUCCACAAAUGGGGAGCCGCUGCAGAGAAGGCCCGUUCUGGUGUUGCCACUCUCCUGACCUCUCGAGGAGGCACACGAAGAAGGGCCUCAGAAGAUUAUCUCAGGAUCUGGGUAGGGUCAUAUGGGAAGAGGUGGUCCUUGAGGUAUUGCAGUUCUGAGCUGUUUAAGGCUUUAUAGGUCAAAACCAGCAGUUUGAAUUGGCCCCAGAAACUAAUUGGUAGGCAGUGCGAUUGGACCAGGAUUGGUGUAAUAUGCUCAAACUGUCUUUCUCCGGUGAGUAACCUGGCCACUGAAUUCUGCACUAGCUGAAGUUUACGAACUUUCAGAGGCAGCCCUACAUAUAACGCAUUGCAGUUAUCUAACCUUGAGGUUACUAUACAUUAUAUUUGCAUAUACUUCUUAUUUUGCAUAAUUCUACUUCUCCUGUUCUUAAAAAGAGACUGAGAUAUGCACAGCCCUGAAACUCACCCCAACUACUGGAGAUUCUGUUUGGGUCCCUUUCUGGCUUUUAAGAUUUCAUUAUACCCUUUCAAACAGCAUAUUGCCAAUUUCUUCAAUUUGCAGAAACUGUCCUUUAAUGGGCACAGCCCUAGGCUGCAAUCCUAAUCACAUUUACCUGGGAGUAAACUGCAUUGAAUUCAGUAGGAUUUAUUUUUGAAUAGAUAUGCUUAGGAUUGCACUAUUAGUUUGGUUUUGUGAUGCAGAGAUCGAGACAUGGAUUGCAAAUUGACUUAUCGCAUUAGGCCAAAUGCAGGUAAACCUUUUCUCUCCUGGAAUUUUACCUGCUAAACUUGCUGCUCUCGUGUGAUUAAGAACUGGUUACAGUUUAUAUAUUGUCUGUUGCCAUUGUUGUUAUAUCUUAUUGUUUCUUGCCAUUAUUGUUAUAUCUUAGGAGUUUAAAGUAGGCUGAUACUUUUUGUAAACCACUUAGAAACUCUAACAAUUAAGUGGUAUACAAAUGCUUUAACCGAUAAUAAAUACAUAGAUGCUGUGCUUAAAUACUUUAUCUCUUACUUGCAGGCAUAUGACCCAAGGUGUAGAUGUGUCCAGUGUGUUUAUGGAGAUGGUCAAAGCAAGUGCCACAGUGGAUAUUGUUCAGAAAAAACUAGUGUACUUGUAUAUGUGCACAUAUGCUCCUCUGAAGCCCGAUCUGGCUCUUUUAGCUAUCAACACCCUUUGCAAAGACUGCUCAGACCCCAACCCCAUGGUUAGGGGCCUCGCCUUGCGAAGCAUGUGCAGUUUCAGGUAACAAAACUAUAAGUGGAGUGGUGCUGCUUGUUUUGGCCUUCGCUACAGGCACUUAUGGGGAAUAGAACUUGUUUCCUUCAGGAGUGGGAAACCUAUUUCAACCCAACGACCACAUUUCCUUCUGGGAAACUUUCCUGGGGCCACAUGCCCCAGACCAGAAGCAAAAGGAGGCCGAGUAAUGAUUGUUAAUUUUACCUCUGUACAUAGCUUAGUUUCAACACACACAUCCCACUUUCCUAUAUCCAGACAAGCAAGAAGUCUUGUCUGUGUUCAAGGGCACAUUCCAGCCAGGCAGAAACACUUGAGGAUGGUGCAAAGUAGGGCUGCUGAAGGGUGUGGCUGGGGAGAGUCCUUAGGUCCAGAUACAGAGGCCUGUGGGCCUGGGCUUCCUCAUCCCUGUGGCUUAAUGAUAUGAGCCCCUAAGCAUGACCAGUCUUAAGUUUAUGAGCAUAAAUAUGGUCCUCUCACUAGUUCUGGGGUGCAGAUCCAAUGCUUGAUGAAUGGAAAGGAGGUACAUUCCCACACUGCGCUUUGUGUCAUCACGAGGGAGGGGUUCUGCUGCCACAGUUCACUGCUCUGUUUGCCAGGGAUUAGAUGCCACUUUAAUUACAAGGUUUUGUUGGGCUGGUCUAGCUAAAUCAGCUUUGUGGAAUUGUACCGCCAGCUGCAUCUUAUUAAGCAACAAGGGGCUUCAGGAUUAUAAAUGCUUACUAUGCAAUAAAGUGUGGAAAGACAAGGAAUUAACAUGAGAAGUAGUAUUUUGGGGUGACUUCCCCCCCCUCCAGCUGACUGAAGCCAUUUUAAAGUGGUUUGCGCAUAGAACAGAAGUCCAUCUCCUUUUUAAAAAAUGAAAUAUUUUUUAUUCAGUUUUACUCUACACAUUUAAAUUCAAACAUUAGACAUAAUCAUCAACAUUUAGGAUUCCCCAAAUCCUUAAGACUUCCCUCCACCCUUCCAUCGUUUCCAUUUUCAAUCUUUUUCAACUGCAUCUUAUAUUUUCCUCUAUUUUUCUUAAACUAAUCCAUUUUUACCUUAGUUUUUAGUACAUUACAAGCGUUACCCAAAUCCUGCCAAAGUUUUUAGCUGUCAGAAGUCCCAUUUCCUUGUCUUACCUAACUAUUGGAAGCCUGUCGCAAAGCAGCAGUGUCUGUUAAUGUAAUGAAUGGCAGGUUGCAGAGUAACAUAAAAUACACAAACAAGGAUCUAGGAGGAGUCGGAACAUGAUGGCCCUUUAAUAUUCCUAGGAUGCCCAGCAUACAGGAGUAUAUCCAACAGCCAAUCCUGAAUGGUUUGCGAGACAAAGCCUCCUAUGUAAGGAGAGUGGCUGUCCUCGGAUGUGCAAAGAUGCAGAAACUGCAAGGGGACUGCGAAGUGGGUAAAUAUGCAUGCUUAUUUUUCAGUCUAUUUAAUUUUUCCCAGACUCACACAAGAAUAAAAACGGAGUAAUGUCAUUUUGGUGCUGUAAUGCAGAGACCGCAGCAUGACUGCGGUGGCAUAGUUCCACUGAGCCCAAAAGCCCUUGGAGGCGAGAUACCACUUUAAGAAUGUAUUUGCCCUGCUGGUUGGAACUCUCCCUAUCGCCAGUCACUUGGCAGCAGUACUUUGCAAGAAGUUGGCAUGUUAUUGAGAGAGUUGAGUUAUUUUGUUACAUUUGCAUGCACAUAACACCACCGCUGCUUGCAAGAGGCACUCUCCUAGGCAGAUGAUUAUUGCAUUAGAGUUGGGGAAAUUCUCUAACUUCCAUGCUUUUUACAGAUGGCGCACUAGUUAAUGAGCUAUAUAGUCUGCUUCGUGACCAGGAUCCUAUUGUUGUGGUGAAUUGUUUGAGGGCGCUAGAGGAGAUCCUGGCACACGAAGGAGGAGUUGUCAUCAACAAGCCCAUUGCCCACCAUCUUCUCAACAGGUAAGUUCUUCCCCCAAACAGUUUGUGAAGUCCAUUGUGCUUUGCUUGUAGAUUCGCAGAAGUCAACUGCCCAGCAAUUGGUGACAUUGAUAUGUCACUCAGCUCUUGCCCUUCUUUUGCUGUGUGAAGUUGCGGAAAUGUGUAUGAAUUGUGUUGUUGCUGUGCAUUUGUGCUAGUGUGUGUUUUUGUGUGUGAAGUAAGCCACCUUGUGGAUCAUUUAAAAAAGGGCAUAUGUAUUUUACAUAAGGGAAAUGGGUGGUUAAGGGAAAUGGAUGGUUACCUUGCAAAUUCUGAUUCUGCUGAAUAAUACUUGGUUGGCAGUCCAGUUUGGGAAAUAGCAGGUACAGCAUUGAGAACUUGAUGUUGUGGGUCUUGCUAAGAAUGAAUGAUUGGAUAUUAGCUGAGGAGGGGAAAGGCAUUAUUUUGAACCUACAUUUGAAUCUUGGGGGGAUUUUGAGAUGCCGUUUAUAAUCUGAUGCUAGUAAUGUAAUGAUAAAAUAAUUCUAGAAUUUUCCUAUGAAGGUUUUCUUCAAGCAUGUGAGUCAUUACUUUCUUAGGCCCUGCCCCACAGUUUCCUGCACUUAAAUGUGUUGUGCAAGUAUAUGGGUGUGAAACUAACAAGUAUCAGUAUCGAAGGCUACUAAAUCACUCUUACCUUUUUCUUAGUUCAUCUCAUGAGGGCAUAUAGGUAUGGAAUCUUAGUCUUCCGUCCAAUCAUUUUGCCUUCUGAAAAACCAAAUCUUAAUAUUUUGGGUUAAUUAUGUUAUUUCUGUUAAAUAUUUGUGUGGUAUUUUGGGGGGUUUUUUAUAUUGCAAGAGAGUUCUCUGCAGUGGAGAAGGGGUUCUAUGAAUGGAUUCCUUCUCCCACUCACUCUGCUAGGCAAGACCAAUCAGAGUUGAACAUGUGGACGACUGAGCAGAAGAGCCAGCCUUGCCUUCAGUGCCUUCCUACUCAGUUCCAGCAGGCAACACUGGGAUGGAGAUCCCCCUGUUUUUUAUUAGCAGCAGUUAUUUUGGUACCCACCAAACUCUUCAACCUAUUUUACCCUCUCUUCUUUUCAGUUCCCUUUAGGGAAGGAAGAGUAGUUGUCACACCUGCUGCAGAAAACCUCUUGUUCUAAUUAAAACAUAACAAGUAGAUAAGUUGAGACUCCUAUUUUUGCACGCCUAAAUUGUAAAGUAAUGUGGAAGUGCAGAAUUAGUUUUCCAGCAGGUCUCUCAGACUCUGCCUUACAAGUGGUGGGUAAAGAUGCAAAUCUAGGAAAUAAUUGGCCGGCAGAUUAUGGAAGCCAAGCGAAGGUAUUGCAAUUAGCAAUUCCAAUAGCCAGUGUACUGAUUUGGGUUUCUUCUCUUGGUAGGAUGCCUGACCUAGACCAGUGGGGACAGAGUGAAGUGUUGACUUUCCUCUUGCGCUACAAUCCCCGCUCUGAAGAAGAGCUCUUUGACAUCCUUAACUUGCUGGAUGGCUAUCUCAAGAGUAGCAGCUCCAGUGUGGUGAUGGCUGCCACGAAACUUUUCUUAGUGCUGGCCAGAGACUUUCCGCACGUUCAGGAAGAUGUGCUGGUGAGAGUGAAGGGCCCGCUCCUGUCUGCUUGCACCUCUGAGAGUCGGGAACUCUGUUUCACUGCCUUGUGUCAUGUGCGCCAGAUCUUAGACAGCCUCCCCGGCCAUUUCAGUAGCCACUACAAGAAGUUCUUCUGCUCAUAUUCAGAACCGCAUUAUAUCAAGUGCCAGAAAAUGGAGGUUUUGUGCAAGCUGGUGAACGAUGAAAAUGUGCCACAGAUACUGGAGGAACUAAGAGAUUACUGCACUGACGUGUCAGCAGAGCUUGCACAAGGAGCAAUCUUUGCCAUUGGUAAGUGAGCUAGCAGGAUUCCUCCAUGCAAAUAAAUGUUCUCUAAGACUGGGUGACAGAAGGACAUAUGCUUUAUUUGCCAACGCCUUAGAAACUGAGAAAAAGAUUAAGACCCUCAGAAUAGAAAUAAGUGAAACAAUCUGUUCCAUAGUAGUUUCAUGGUUGAAGUCUUGAAGCCAUGUAGUCCAAAAUAACUUGCUGAGGUUUACCAGUGAUUUCAGCAAUGCCGCUGAAAAGACAAACAUUUAUUGCUUCUCUUGAUAAAGUUCAUCUGAGAUUCUUCUGAUAAUACAUGGAAUUGAAUUCUCAACAGUAUACAGGAUAACAUUACUCAUGUUCAAUGAGAACUCAACAGCACAGCCCUGUGCAUAUCUACUCAGAAGCAAGUCAGUGUUCAGUGGAGCUAGUCUGAGGACUGCAGCUUUAUUUAACUUUUUAGUUCUGAUCUAAGUAGUUGGGAAUUUGGGGGAUUAGACACAACAUUCAAGUCAAGGCUCAACUUGUUGGAAUUUGCCCCAUUGCUAACAGCAGCAUUUCUCUGGCCUGUAGGGGAUGUGUUAUUCUUCUGAAUUUUUAAAAUUCUUGGCAAUAACCCAAUUUAGUGGUAUCAGCUUCCUCCUUCUAAGUAUUUAUGCCCAGAAGUUCUUUGCUGAGUUUCCUGCAUUUCAGUUUUAUUCAGUCUUCUCCCUUUCUUGCUUUUCUGUUUAUGGCCAGGCUACUCUGUCCCUUCUUGGCUGCAAUAGAAACUCUGCCCAGGGAGCAGCCAAACUUAACAGUGGUGGGCCACCAACAUCCACAGUUCUGCCACUCACGCCUGGAAAAGGGGUGGGGUAGGCAAACAAUUUUCUUUAGCAACUGAGCUGGUGCAACGAUCAGGCCUGACUUGGGAUUGAUGAUGCCAUUGUGUGAGAGAAACAGGGCCAGCUCAGAUACAGUGGAUUUUGUACCCGCUCAUUCUGCCCUGGCCCCAGAGAUUAGCAGACCUGGCUAGAGGGACACCUCUGCCAAUCAAACCGUCUCGCCCACAUGUCCAGCAUAAAGGCGAUUUGGAUUGCAGUGUUAAUCUAUGAAAAACAGCUUGUUCCCAUUUCUUUGAGAUGGUCUCUAACAACCUGCUUGUGCCUCUUUUAUUGAAUUGUUUUUCUUGUUCGUUGCGCACUCUGAUCUUGGAGCUGACUCACUUGUGCUUAUGUUGUCAUAUUUCUGUAUUAAGACAGGUAUUUAGAAAUACCAGAACUUCUUGGUGAUUCAUUAAGUUAAGAAAAUGCUUACGACCCCCCCCCCAAAAAGAGUCUUUGCCUUUUUUGUCUCCUAGAAAUCUAGGUCCAGCCCCUCUAAAGAAUAUACUUCCAAUAUAUCUACAUACAAGCCUUAUUUUUUAGAAACAUCUCGUUAGCAAAAAAAAUGAAAUGAAAAGUGUUCUCUCCUUGAUAAAUUGAUAUUUGGGAUAUGUGAAAUUAUUCUGUAUGGUGCUACAAAAGAGUUGGAACACAUUGGAUCCCAUUCAUGAUAGUAGUACUGUUUUUUUAUUUCCUUUCCCCCCCUUUUAUUUGUUUAUUAAAGAUUUUGUUGAUUUACAAAAGUGAUAGUAGUACUGUUGAUCCAUUCCAGGCAGGGAGAUAGAGCUUCAUUCAGUGCUAGUCUAUACAUCACCGGUGGGGGUACUAAUGGUACUAGUUUGGGCUACUGAGUCUGAAUAGCCGGCUACUUUGUUUGGGCACAACAGUGUUCCAGGGACACUUCCCAUCUUCCUGGCUGAGUGCUCAAUCACCAAACUGAAAACAAGGGCAGCUUGGGUUUGAGAAGUAAUUUUGACUGAAGAAAGAAAGCUGCUUCUUGCUCCAUCUCAACUCUCAUAGAGGGAAUAUGUUGCAGUGGUGCUACUUGGAUAAAAGCUUAAGUUGAAGCUGCCUAACCAAAGCUUGGGUUGUUUUGUGGACUUUACAGGUAACAUUGCAAGGACCUACACCGAGCAGUGUGUGAGGAUCCUAACAGAACUCCUUGAGCUGAAGCAGGAACAUAUAACUUCAGGUAACUAUCUCCACCCUUCUGAUUGAGAUUUGGUUUCCGCCUUACCAUUCGGUGGUCUACAGAACACAACUGUGCUAUCUCCAUUGCAGUUUAUAUCACUGUAGCAUUCCUUACUUGUGCCUCUUUCAUGUGAUCACUCUUUGCUUCCUUUUCUUCAAAUUAUCACCUGCUUACAGAUGCUGGAUCGAUUAGACUUCAGCCCACAUUGGCAUGCUUGUAAACUGGAAAACAGUGUUUGCUGUAUCUGGGUUGUGUGAAGAAUUGUUUGCUUGAAACAAAUACCCCAAACCAUGCAGAUGAAACAUGAAAGUGUUCGUAAAGCUAGAGCAGAAUGCUAUGGCCAGGAUAAUUUCCGUACACCAGUGUUGUAGAUUUGUAAAGAUUUUGUUUUUCUGGCUAAAAUGUUUGUAAAAGUUGGAAAUUAUAUAUAUAUAUAUAUAUAUAUAUAUAUAUAUAUAUAUAUAUAUAGUUUACAGCAGGUGUUUCUAAGUUGUAACAGAGAUGGUGCCUGCUGUAUCUCUGUUGGCAGAGCAUUCCAGAAGACUGAUGAUGCUAAAGGCUUGGUUUCUUGCUGUCAAAUGCGCCUUGCCAACUCAAGGAACUUCGGCUCCCAUUACAUGUCAAAGAAAUCAACAACUAUAUGACUUUCCAUAGACAUCUGAAGGCAGCCCUGUAAUGGGAAGUUCUUAAUGUGUUUUUAUUUUCUGAUGGAAGCUGCCCAGAGUGGCUGGGGCAACCUAGUCAGAUGGGUGGGGUACAAGUAAUAAAUUGUUGUUGUUAUCUGAGUGUGUAUUAAUCUUGCUUGCUAUGGUUUUGUGUUUAACUGUUUCCUUCUGGUUUUUAAUGUCUGUUUUUUAAGUAUUGAAAUUGUUACUUUUGCGAACUGCCUUGGAGACCUCUGUUUGGGCCAAAAGCUCAUAUAAAUUGUUCUCAUAAAUAUUUUCCCCCCCCACAUUGUAGCUGUAGUUCAGGUGUUCCGGGACCUGGUGUGGUUGUGUCCGCAGUGUAUAGAGAAUGUGUCCCAGGCUUUGGGUGGCUGUGAGGAGACCAUCCAGGACAGUGAGGUAAGGGGAGUGUCUUUUUGUGUAUGGCAGAGAAUGGUACUGAUGGAAUGACUCAGUUGAGGGCCUGUUAGAGUCUUACAUGAGCCAAGAGAGUUGUGAAAUGCAACUUGGAAUCUAGAAUUGUCCAUGAAAACCCCUUAAGAUUAUGCUAUUGGGAAAUCCAAGUUCUAAUUUCAAAACAUUCUGGGAUCGUAUCAGCCUGCCUUCUGUCUUGUAGGAGGUCUGCACUAUGUCUUCCUUCUUAGGUGAACUGUGUAUAUGUGGUCUAUUUGCAAAAAAACUAUGGCGCUUCAACUUGUAUUGUGCUCCAGAAAUGUAAGGUGAGCUGCUCCUGUACAGGAAUGUUUCCAUGUUUCUCUUCUUUUCCGGUUCGGUCAAGGUAGGGCUCCUGAUCAAACCAUUCUAGAGUUAUGCAUUGAUAUGAAAGCAAAGGACCAAAAGGGGUAUCCUUCCAUCUUUUGUUAAAGUGAGAAAGCAGGGAGGAAAAUCUUUAGCAUUUGGCUAACUCAGAAGCUGUUGGCACAGCUAGGUGUGCAGGAGCAGGCAGGCAAGACAAACGCUUUAUUGAUUCAGUAGUGUGUAAACUUAAACUGGGUGAAGGGGUAACCAUAGGACAGAGUUGCAUUUUGCAACGUGGAUACACUUUCAGAAUCUUCAAAUCAAAAGGGCUUCAGUAUAUGGGAUUUGAAUUACUGGGUGAGGCAGCCUCUGAACCCGCUUCACUCUGCAGGGAUCUGCUCAACCCACCACUCUCUGUGACGGUCUGUGAACACUUAUGCCACUAGCUCUUGGUGGUAUAAGUAAGGGGUUCUAAGUGAGAUAGUGUGGCCCUGUCUGUGAAGUAUUCUGGUUUUUUCUCAGGGCAAGCAAGCACUGAUCUGGCUGCUGGGCGUACAUGGAGAGAGAGUCCCCAGUGCCCCCUAUAUUUUGGAGGAUUUUGUAGAGAAUGUGAAAUCAGAGACCUUCUCGGUUGUGAAGCUGGAACUGCUAACAGCUUUGGUGCGGCUCUUCAUAAGACGUCCAGCUGAGUGCCAGGACAUGUUGGGUCGAUUGCUCUAUUACUGCAUAGGUAAGUACAAGCCUUCCAAGAUGUCUGCUGUAUUAUGAAAUAGGCCAAUGCAUCUCACGUGAGGAUGAGAUGUACAGAGAAUUGUCUGACAAACUCUGUAGUUCUUUAAAAAUGCAUAGAUUUCAGUGUUAGACUGGUGUAUGUUGAAUCAUUUCUUUCCUUGCUUCCCUUACUGCCAGUAUCUUAUACCCAGAGGUGGUAAGGGGAAUCGCACACUGUAUAGAGUCAGAGGUCUAUGCAGCCCUUUGGCAUGGAAUCACUAGGGGCUGUGAUGAAUAAAAAGUCUGUGUCGUGGUGAGCAAUAAAAAUAAAACAGCGCAUCUUUAUUUCAUCCAGAGGAGGAGAGAGACAUGGCAGUUCGGGAUCGUGCUCUCUUCUACUAUCGUCUUUUGCAAGCUGGCAUGGAGGAUGCGAAAGGGAUCCUUUGCAGCCCUACAUCUGAUCACUCUCUGAGGUUCUUGGAAGGGCAGGCUGAAGGCUCUGUGAAUGCGUGGGCCUCUGACUUUAACUCACUAGUGCCUAUAUAUGGCAAAGAGCAAUGGGCAGCCAUGACAGCCAGCCGGGUUACUGGCCUUCCCCAUGCAGAUUCUCCCUCUGAAGAUCCCACAAUGGUGGAUGAAGGUAAUGGAUUCAAUUGGCCAUUUCUCUGGGCCAUUUCUCUGUUUUCCUGAAUUAAAACCAGACCCUCCGUUGAAUGAUGAUGCUUUAGGCAUCUGACACUGCUUGCUUGAUGCUUUUCUUUUGGCCUGCUCAGUAUGGACUGUGAAGUGUCUUACAGUUCUGAUGUUCAUGCUGGGAUGUAAAGUGAUCUGUGCUGCCUAACUCUGGCUUUUGUUUCCUCUUUUUUUCAGAGCCCCUGAUACCAGAAAAGGAAGAGGAGGUUCCUUCUGUCGACACCAGUUCGAGCAGCCUGAUUCUCAGACCAAGCAUGUGCAUGACUGCCGAGCAGUUUGAGAGGACAUGGCUAAACCUGGGUUUGGGCUGCCAGCAAGCUGUUCCCUGGCAGGAAACUGUGCAGCCAGACACUGUACAGGCCGCACUUCAGGUUGUCCAUAUCCAGACUAUUGCUAUGAGCAAGGCUGGGUCACCGCUGUGGAAGGCCUACCUCGUUGCCCAGGAUGAUACAGGCUGCCUUUUCCUGACAGAGCUACUACUUGAAGUGGGGGCUGCAGAGAUGCAAAUGUUGGUGAAGCAGAGUGAAAACAAGCCAGAGGCACUGCAGGCCUUCAUCUCAGUCUUGAAGACUGUGUUGGGAACAGUGGCAGGAUUGACGUCCUGA